CAAUAAUACUAUGCGUUUCAAUUGUGAGUUUUACCACUCUAAAAUUACUGUUUCUAUGAAUUACUAAUGUUUAACCCUUUACUCCGUUACUAAGGGGCAAGCAUUUGCUGUCAGAUAAAUAAAGAAAAAUAAUUAAUACACAUCCGUUGUAAGACUGACAGAGAACGAUAACAAAAAGGAAGUAAAGUAUUUUGCUAAACAUAAGCUUUCAGUUUGUGCUUGGUUGAAUUAACAAUGAUAUCUAAAUUUAUAUUAUUUAACAUAAUACACUAUUUGGUAUUUGGGUUUAUAUAUGCAGAAGAAGUAAUCAAAUGUCUGACAAAACCAGCAGAGAAAAUUCGAAUUUCGUGCCCGAGAGGUUACGUGAUAUACAGACCAGUGAUUUUGGCGGGAAAUAGUGAGAGUAAAAUAUGUAACCCUUCUCCAACAGACUGUGUUGGGUCUACGAAAGAAAUAAAGAGACAGACAGACAACUGCUUUUGGAAAAAGAGAUGCAUAAUAAAACUGUGUAAUGCUGGGACUAUCAGAACGUGUGAACAUAACAAUCCAUCUAUAUCACCACCAUCAUCUCACAAUAUAACUUACAUUAUCAUCAAACAAAUGUACUGUAUACCAAAAGACAUCAUCAUUGACAUUUGUUUAAAAUCAAAAACAAGAUCUGAUUAUAAGAUCGGCGUGAUCAAAAGUCAUCGUGAGUAUCCCAGAAGCAAACCAAGAGCGGAAAUAUGUGCCAUGACUAUACCAAUUAAAGAUAGGAAAACUCUUAUCAUACAGGCUGUGACAGAAAAUAACACAUUUCCUAGUGGACUUACUUUGCAAAACGUUCUUAAAGGAGGUCAGAAAACAGAAAAUAUUUCUACGAUGAAAGAAGUUAUGUUGCAUGGAAACACAUCAAAAGCAUUAAAAAUUACUGUAGAUUAUCGUUGGAAAAGAAGAACGCUUGAAGGAUUCAUAUUACAAUUUAAUGCGUAUGAAAGUUCUCAACUUAAUUCUGUUUUAAAAUGGCCAAGUAGUUCUCGACCAGUAAUGAAGGAACUAGGCUGGAUAGUAGAUGUGAAGCCAGUUAUAGAACAAUGUGCAGUAGAUGUAGAAGGACACAUGCGACUUUCAUGUGAAAAUGACGAGGUGAUAUAUUCCCCCGCAGUCGCCCUGUCAGGAUAUACGAGAAGAAAAUCGAAAUGUAUGUUUACCAAAAAGAAUCCGUGUGGAGGAUUUUCACCUGAACUUCUUGUGCAGAGAAACUUGUGCUACUGGAAAAAGUCCUGCGAUAUUACAUGGCAGAAGUCGAGCCGAAUUGUUGUGACGAAAGAGGCAAAGUGUAUCGGGUUUUCUGCUUCAACCAUCGGUCUUUCUGGUCAUAGAUGUGUGGAUAAAGCUAAAAUCACAGAUCUUUGUACCAAUGAAACAAGUGCUAUCAAUUCAUCAUGGGGAAUUAUUCGGAGUCACCCAGUGUAUCCAUGGUACUUUAAUCCGCGGUUUGACGAGUGUAAACGGAUUAUAAAUAUUGGUGGAAGGCAAGCAGUGACACUGAUAGUUCAAGACAUGAACCUUGAUCCCGACGGAAGAGACAAAUUUUCAAUAACGCACGUGCGAAAGUCGAGUAAGGAUACUAUAGUAAACGCAAAAACCGGAAAAGAAGGCUCCUACUUUACAGUGAAAGGUGGCAAACUUGUUAUUAGGUUCAAGCCUUUUCAAAAGUCAAAAUCAGGACGGGGAUUCAUCCUUGUAUUUAGAAGAUUUAAAGUAUCCAGGGAUGAUAUUGACGCUAUUCCGUAUAAUGAUGCUGGUAUUUCAGGACAUGCUAUAAACCCAUUAAGAGACUCCUCCUCUAGAACGAUGUCAUUUAGAUUGUCCAAUAGAAGAUUGUGUUCAAAACGAGGAAAAUUAAGAAAGAAGGGACGGGCUUGUAACAGAAGAAUUUGGACAGAUUACUUCACUAGACUAGAAUAAUAUAGCCACAACACAUGUUCACACAAAGGAAGAGUCACGUCAAGAAAAUGGUACAACAAUGAAAGAUAUAAAAUGUCAGUUAGAGACGCAUAAUAUAUUAUCUGUUCAUAUAUGGUGUACAUUUAGAUAUCUAUUUAUAUAUAUUAACUAUGUAUUCAAUUAUUAAUACUUCUAUCUAUUUAUAUUUAUGCAAUACAUAUGUAGAAUCUCUU